AGAUGAAUAUUUGCAGGUAAAUAUAUACCCAUUAUAGUAUAAACGAAAAAUUUAAUUUUAGAUUAUUCAUUUCUUAGGUUCCAUCCAAUGAAGAUCAAUGGAAUGAAAUUGCCAGAAAAUUCAAUGAAAAAUGGAAUUUCCCCAACUGCAUAGGAGCAGUUGAUGGGAAGCACAUCCUAAUGGAAGCUCCGACGCGAUGCGGAAGUACCUACUUUAAUUACAAAGGUACUCAUAGCAUAGUCCUAAUGGCUAUUGCAGACGCAGAGUAUAAAUUCGUAUAUAUUGAUGUUGGCUGCAAUGGACGAGUUUCCGAUGGUGGAGUUUUUGGCAAAUCAACUUUCCAGCACGCCUUGAACAUGAAUUCUCUUGGACUACCUUCAUCUAGACCAUUGGAAGGCCGCGAACUUAAUGUUCCAUACGUUUUAGUGGCAGACGAUGCCUUUCGUAUGCAAAAGCACUUACUAAAGCCAUACCCUGGAAGAAAUUUGUCAGCUGGCCAGCGCAUAUUUAAUUAUCGUUUAUCAAGAGCAAGACGUAUUGUUGAAAAUGUGUUUGGAAUAAUGGCCAAACGGUUUCAAGUAUUUUCCCGACCAAUUCGUUUGAAUCCUACUAAAACAACAAAGGUCACCAUGGCUUGCUGUGCUUUGCAUAAUUUUUUGAUAACGAAAUCUUCGAACUAUGUGGAAAGCCAAACUGAUGAGGAAGGCAAUCUAAUACCAAUUGAAUUUAACCAAGUUUCACUUCGACCAGUUCAAGAAGGAACAGUAGAAUAGCCAAACAAUUACAUAAGCAAUGAAGCAAAGGAAAUAAGGAGAGAAUUUGAAGAAUAUUUUAUGUCUGUCAAUGGUGAAGUACCAUUCCAAUACAGACAUUUGUAAACUUGUAUAGCCCACGCUCGAAAACGCGGCCAUAAUCAAUUCAUAUUUUAAUUAAUUACACAGGCCUUCGAAAUUAAACCCCCCGCCCCCUCCAAUAAUUAUGUUAUAAUUUUUUUUCCAAAUACUGAGAUAUCUAAAAUUUAAA